UCGUUUACCAGAACAUUUUUCAAGAUGGUGAAAUUAAAGAAAGAUGCGUAGACUACAUCACGAUCACUUGGAAAGUGAAAGGUGAUCAACCAGGAUAUAUUAUUUUCAUAUCACCACCGACUGUGGAAGGAAACUUCACGUUUAUAAUUGAGCAAGAAGACCUGAGUACCCUCAUCGAUCCAGACACUGGCGAUCCUGAGUACACAUUAUCUACAGUGGAACAGGGAGUUACGUAUGAAAUUGCGGUCGUACUGCUAGAUGGAUCAGGGGGAGCUCUCGAUAGUAUUCUCCUCGUGAGUGAUGACAUAUGCGUACAAGCACUGGACCCAUGUCUCAAUGGUGGCACGUGUUGUGAUGAUGGCGAGGAGUAUAUAUGCCACUGUACUGAUGGGUAUGAAGGAAAUGAAUGUCAAAACGAUGUUGUUCCAGCUCCAUGUGAAACAGAUCCGUGUUUAAAUGGAGGGAUAUGCCUUGAAGAGGGUACAGAAUAUGUAUGCAGCUGUCCCGAUGGUUAUGGAGGCGAUAAUUGUGAAGAAUUGGUACUGGUACCAAUUGAUUAUUUAACGAUCCACAGUUAUCCUACAUGUACAACUGCUCUGAUCACAUGGGAAGCACAGGAUGUGGGACUCACACCCGAACGUUAUGAAGUAUGGGGAUAUCCACGAUUUGGAUUCCCUAUAUUUCCUAAAAUUGAAAUGUUGUGUGAAUGUAAACAUCCAAUCACCCAGUGCUUGGCCAAGGGAUUGGAACGUAGUACAACAUAUAUAUUUGUGGUGAAAAGUAUAGCUGGCGAUGAAGAGGUGAACAGUGUUGAAACGACUUUCGAAACAACAGACGACCCUGGUUUUUCAAGAUGCCCGAAAAAUCCCGAUUCUGUGUACGCUGAUGGUGUACCCGAAGCAGUUGUCUAUUGGGAGGAACCG